GACGCAGAAGACGGCGAAGCCCUGACAACCAGCCAGCCGAAUAUCCAUCGACACUAUUCGCGCCGCCACUUGGGCAUUCCCUUGCAUCCCAUCUCAUUCACGCUCGGCCGAACGUGGAGUCCCAUCCAACAUGGCGCCACAGGCAGUGCGCGGCUAAGGAUAUGUCAUGUGCACCAGCCGUGGUCGACCGGAAAGAGCAAACGAAAUCAAAGCCGCAUCAUCUCUUAAUUGGCCCAGGUCCGCUGUUUGCCCCAAAGCAGGCUGGGGGGUUCGCCAUCCUCCACGCGUUGGGCUAUGAUAGCCGGAUACCCCUCGCCGUUCCGGUGACAAGAAAGAAACAAAGGCCAGCUGGACUGGGGCCAAUGAUGCCUGGGCACCUCGGUGAUCGAGUCCGGUUGGCCCUGCGUCGCCGACAUACUCGGUGGACGGUCGACGAAAGGAAGGGGAAGAGGGGGGAAAGGACAUGCUAUUAGUGCACGGCCAAGUUCUCCUUACCCCACCAAUGGUGCUCGCCAUCCUAUCUUUUUUUUCUCCUCCAGGUCGGGACUACGGAAUACUUUGGUGCGCACCGAUCAGUUCCAGUCCCAGUCCAGUCCAAUACAGACAGUCCAGAUGAGCAGGCCGUGUUCGGCUCAGAUUGGUCCCUCUUUCAAGUCCGCCUACUGUGCUUGUAUAGAAUAGCCCAGGUCUCGUGCGGUGCGGGCAUUCAGGGUCGGUGUCGACGCACGGCGGACUCACUAAUAACAAGCUGUUGCAAGGGCGGCAGGCAACG